AUGAGCGACUACAGAGAUGCUGUCGUCCGUGAUUUCGCUCAUAAUCCCAAGUACCAUGUACUUGGCACUUGUGAGGAGAUGAUCGCCAACCGAAUCUCCCACUUCUUCGACAUACAUGGUCCAAGUGCUACUGUACAUACAGCCUGCUCAUCAAGCCUCGUGGCGAUUCACUUGGCCUGCCAGAGUCUCCUGUCAGGAGAUGCUGAGAUGGCCCUUGCUGGCGGUGUCGGAAUGAUCUUGACACCAGACGGCACAAUGCAACUCAACAAUCUUGGAUUUCUCAACCCCGAGGGCCAUUCACGGUCUUUUGACAAGGACGCCGGAGGAUAUGGGCGUGGUGAAGGAUGUGGUAUCCUUGUUUUGAAGAAGCUUGACAAGGCUAUUCAAGAUGGUGACAACAUCAGGGCAGUCAUCCGCGCCUCUGGCGUCAACUCAGACGGCUGGACUCAGGGUGUCACAAUGCCAUCCAGCGAGGCUCAAGCAGCACUUAUCAAGCAUGUUUACGAGACUCGUGGCUUGGACUAUGGCGCCACCCAGUAUGUGGAGGCUCAUGGUACCGGAACCAAAGCUGGAGAUCCUGUUGAAACGGGCGCUAUCCACCGUACUAUUGGCCAAGGCGCAAGCAAGAAUCGAAAGCUGUGGAUCGGUCAUCUUGAGGCUGCUGCAGGUGUGGCUAGCGUUAUCAAGGGGGUUCUGGCUAUGGAAAACAGCCUUAUUCCUCCCAAUAUUCAUUUCGCUAGUCCAAACCCUGAGAUUCCACUCGACGAGUGGAACAUGGCUGUACCCACCAAGCUAACUCCGUGGCCCGCGGCUCGUACCAAGCGUAUGAGCGUUAGUGGCUUUGGCAUGGGAGGUACAAACGGACAUGUCGUCUUGGAAGCAUUCAACUCAACACCACAAAGCAUUCUCUACGGCGAUGCCCAAUACCAACCCGCUCACAACGGUAAGAGACUGUUUACAUUCAGCAGUCACGACCAAGCCGGUCUCGAUCGAGUCUCCAAGUCCUUGGUCGACCAUCUCGACAGCCUGGGACCCGCCGGAGCGAGACCCGAGUACCUGGCUGAUCUAGGGUACAGUCUUUCUGUCGGCAAAUCUGGCCUAUCUUGGAAAACAGCUCACCUAGCGGAGAGUUUGACUGAACUGCGCGAAAAGCUUUCCAGUCCUCAAAGCGAGCAUGCUGUUCGAGAGCCAAGGAGCCAGCCAAAGAUCGGCUUCGUUUUCACAGGUCAAGGCGCUCAAUGGGCUCGAAUGGGAGUCGAGAUGCUUCACCGUCCAGUCUUCAAGGAAUCAGUGCAGAGAUCUACCGAUUAUCUGCAGCAGCUGGGCUGCGACUGGACUCCCAUUGUUGAAUUGUCCAGGGCUCAAAAGGAAUCUCGACUGACUUUGCCCGAGAUCAGCCAGCCUAUCUGUUCGGUGUUGCAGAUUGCGCUGGUCGACGAACUCAGGUCGUGGGGUGUAGCACCCGUCAGUGUGGUCGGUCAUUCCAGUGGCGAGAUAGCCGCAGCAUAUUGCAUUGAGGCUCUAUCUCACAAAGAUGCCAUCGCAGUUGCAUACUUCAGGGGCAAGGUCUCAGCUGGUCUCAACCAUCUGAAUGGUGGCAUGAUGGCUGUUGGCUGUUCCAGAGCUGAAGCAGAGACACUCAUCGAUGAGUCUGACUUGCAAGGCGGCCAUGUAACAGUGGCUUGUGUCAAUUCACCCUCGAAUGUCACCCUUUCUGGAGAUGUUGCCCCCCUGGAUCAAUUGAAGGGCAUAUUGGAGAAACGAGGCAUUUUUGCCCGACGACUGAGAGUUGAGGUGGCAUAUCAUUCCACUCACAUGAACUCCGUAUUCGCCGACUACACUGCAUCUAUUGCGGAUAUCGAGCCCCAGUCAUGUCCCUCCCAUCAGCCCAUCAUGGUAUCCAGCGUUACCAACAAUCAAGUCGACCCUGCACUUCUUGGUUCCUACUACUGGGGUCGCAAUCUGAUCUCUCCUGUAUUGUUCUCAGACACAAUCAAGGAGAUGGUUUCCCCAGCUGAUGGUAACGGCCAAAAGGCUGUCGAUUUACUGGUUGAGAUUGGUCCCCAUGGUGCUUUGGGUGGUCCUAUCGAACAGAUUCUGUCUCAUUUUGACAUCGAGAACGUUGGGUACCAAUCCAUGCUCACACGAGGUCAGAAUGCAGUCGAGACUAGUUUGGAGCUUGCAACGAGUCUGUUCCUCCAGGGAGUUGCCAUCGAUAUACAAAAGGUCAAUGGCGAUUCGGGUUGCCGUUUACUUACAAACCUUCCCCCAUACCCCUGGAACCACUCCAAGAAGUUCCGAGCAGAAUCUCGCCUCCAGAGGGAGCUUAUUGCGCAAAGUACCCCGACAAGAAGCAUUAUCGGUGCCCCUGUGCCCAAGAUGAACGAGAGUCAACGUGUUUGGCGGGGCUUCAUCAGGCUUGAUGACGAACCUUGGAUCCGCGGCCACACAGUAGGUACCACGGUCCUGUUUCCAGGUGCUGGAAUGGUCAGCAUAGUUCUCGAGGCCGCACAGCAGAUGGUUGAUCCUGGCAAAGUUGCACGCGCAUUCAGACUCCGCGAUGUGUCUUUCUCGGCUGCCAUGGCCCUCCCCGAGGAUCAGGCUACCGAAGUCAUCAUACAGAUGAAGCCACAACUGGUUGCGACCUCUGGAUCGACCCCAGCCACGUGGUGGGAGUUUACAGUAUCCUCAUGUGCUGGAACUGAUCAGUUGAGAGACAACUGCCGAGGAUUGAUUACGAUUGAUUACGAGGGCAAUACAAGUCAGCAGAUGGCUCACGAGGACUCUCAAGUCGUCUCUGGGCGGAUUUCUGACUACCACCAAAUUCUUGAGGAAUGCCCUGCAACUUACGCCAAAGAUCGCUUCUACAAACACAUGAUGAAAGCUGCAUGGCGUUAUGGCGAGACUUUCCAGGGAGUUGAGAACUGCCACCCUGGCGACGGCAAGACUGUUUUCGAUGUUAAACUUAUCGAUAUUGGCGAGACCUUCAGCAAGGGGCAGCUCGACAGACCAUUCCUAAUCCAUGGAGCGACGCUUGACGCCGUGUUCCAGGGUUGGUUAGGAAGUACAUACAAGAACGGCACCUUUGAGUUUGACAAGCCUUUCGUCCCGACCAAGAUUGGGGAGAUGGAGAUCUCUUUCAAUGUCCCAUCAGAAGCUGGAUACAUGAUGCCUGGUCUCUGCAGAUCACACAGAUCUGGCUUCAAUGAGUUGUCUGCCGACACCAUCAUGUUCGACAAGGAUUUGUCAAGAGUUAUCCUGUCGGUGAUCGACUUUCGAACCUCGGAGCUUGAAAUGGACGGAGCCGCUACUGAGGAGACUACUGUUGAAGUUGACCCAGCUGAUAUUACUUCCAAAGUGCUUUGGGACUAUUCGUUGAGUCUCAUGGAGCCAUGCGAUCUCAAGCAAGUAAUGGGAAGCAUCGUAGCACAAAACAGUCUCACUGACGUAAGUACUCUCCACGACAAAUACUUCUUUGAAUAUGUCGCUAAGCAUUAUCCACAGUUUGUUCGCAUGCUGCUCCAUGACAAUCCAGCAGCCAAUAUUGUCGAAUUCAUCUCGCGUUCAGAUGGGCUACCCAACACGUACGCAUCCAAACUCCCUCCAGGAACCAUUCUACCAACCCAAAUUCGAUACGCAGUUGUGGAUGAAACUGAAGACGUUGGGGACGAAAAUGCAGCCUCAAGCAUGUUGACUAUCGAUGCCCUAGUUGAUUCCGUAUCAGCAAGCGGAGCAACUGCAGAUAUAGUCGUUAUCCCACAAGGAUUCCAGUUUCAGGACAAUUAUGCUAAGAUCCUUGAGCCAUUGGCAAAGGUAUCAAAGCCCAAUACAACGAUUGUGGUUGCUGUCGACACCCCAGAUACCACGGUGCCGUUGAAGGCAAAGGGAUUUCAGCUCCUACACAGCAUUCAAGGCACUCCGUCUUUAGAGGUCUUCGCCGGCCUCACGGGUGAGCAAGAAAAACCGACAAAUGGAAUUCACAAGGAAGAGGUAGUGCUUCUGUUGCCAUCAAUGUUAUCGACUGUGACAAAAGAGUUUGCCGAGGAAGUGCAGCUGGAUCUUGAGGGCCAAGGCUUCAGUGUGUCGACAGAGAGUUUGGCUGAGAGCAUUGAUGACUCUACUUUUGACGGCAAGACAUGCGUGUCGUUGUUGGAAGUUGAGCGGCCACUACUGGAUAGCCUCUCUGAGUCGGACUUUCAACUCAUUCGCAAAGUCGUUUUGACUUCUCAGCGCAUUCUAUGGGUCACCCAUGGUGAGAGUCCGUCGCUGGCCCUGGUUGACGGCUUCUCACGGUGCAUCAUGAGCGAGAUUGAGGGCGUCAAGUUCCAAGUCCUGCAUCUCAGCGAGCCAACUGGAUUGCAACAUGGACCACGUCUUGCAGCAAAGGUCAUUGCGUCCAAGGCUUCGGACAACGAAUUUCGCGACAAGGAUGGAUUGCUGCAGGUUGCAAGAAUCUUCAAAGGGUUGACGGAGAACGAGAAUAUCCGUCAUCACCUCCACGAUGACGUUCGAGUGACAAGACUGAGCAACCAGGAACAUCCUUUGAGACUCACCAUUGGAAAGCCUGGUCUCUUGGACACGCUUUACUUUGUUGACGACGAGCGAGUAUUGGCUCCGCUCGCAGACCACGAGGUUGAGAUUCAAGUCAAGGCGACAGGUCUCAAUUUCCGAGAUGUCAUGGCAUCAAUGGCACUGGUUCCAGUAAAAGGACUUGGCCAGGAAGCAAGCGGCAUUGUCCUCAGGACUGGCCGUGAUGCAACGCAUCUGAAGCCUGGCGACCGUGUGAGUACCCUCGAUAUGGGAACUCAUGCGACAGUCAUGAGGGCAGAUCACCGAGUCACGGUCAAGAUACCCGAUGCCAUGUCAUUUGAAGAAGCAGCUGCAGUUCCCGUCGUGCACACUACAGCAUACUAUGCACUUGUUAGGCUGGCCAAGCUUCAGCGAGGUCAAUCUGUCUUGAUCCAUGCCGCAGCAGGAGGAGUAGGUCAAGCAGCUCUACAGUUGGCCAACCAUCUCGGUCUCGUUGUAUACGCCACUGUCGGCUCAGACGACAAACGCAAGCUUCUCACGGACACAUACCAAGUGUCAGAGGAUCACAUCUUUAACUCGCGAGAUGCAAGCUUUGCCAAAGGUAUCAUGCGUGUCACCGGCGGUCGCGGAGUGGAUUGCGUUUUGAAUUCACUCUCUGGUGAGCUGUUGCGUGUAUCUUGGAGCUGCCUUGCAACUUUUGGUACAUUUGUCGAGAUCGGCUUGCGAGACAUCACCAAUAACAUGCUUCUUGAUAUGCGGCCCUUUUCCAAGAGUACAACAUUUUCCUUCAUCAACAUGUAUACUCUCUUUGAGGAGGACCCAUCGGCACUAGGAGACAUCCUUGAGGAGGUUUUUAAGCUUUUGGGUGGUGGUAUCCUUCAAACACCAAGCCCCAUGACGGUGUAUCCCAUCAACCAAGUUGAGGACGCUUUCCGUAUCAUGCAACAAGGCAAACACCGCGGAAAGAUCGUACUCUCCUUCCCAGAUGACGCUCAGGCUCCUGUAUUGCAUGUGGCCAAGAACUCAAUGAAGCUUGAUAGUCAAGCGACAUACCUCUUUGUCGGAGGCCUUGGUGGCCUCGGUCGCAGUCUUGCAAAGGAAUUUGUGAGCUGUGGAGCCAAGAAUAUCGCCUUCAUCUCACGAUCAGGCGAUAGCACUAGCGAAGCCAAGGCCACCAUCAAAGAGAUCACAAGUCGAGGUGCCAAUGUCAAGGCCUAUGCUGCCGACAUCUCGAAUGAGACGGCAUUCCUUAAUGCAAUGAAGGAGUGCUCGCGAGAGUUUCCACCAAUCAAGGGCGUGGUUCAGAUGGCCAUGGUGCUUCGUGAUGUCGUCUUCGAGAAGAUGACAUAUGAGGAGUGGAAGCUUCCAUUGAAGCCCAAGGUACAAGGAAGUUGGAACCUACACAAGUACUUCGACCACGAGCGACCUCUUGAUUUUAUGGUUAUCUGUUCCUCAAGCUCAGGUAUCUAUGGAUAUCCCAGCCAAGCCCAGUACGCAGCUGGAAAUACUUAUCAAGAUGCUCUGGCUCACUAUCGCCGGGCUCAAGGACUCAGGGCGGUAUCUGUCAACUUGGGCAUCAUGCGUGAUGUCGGAGUGCUUGCAGAACAAGGCACCAGCGGAAACAUCAAGCUCUGGGAAGAGGUGUUGGGAAUCCGCGAGCCUGCAUUCCAUGCCCUGAUGAAGAGUUUGAUCAAAGGACAGACAGACAACAAUAGCGAGUUUCCUGCCCAAAUCUGCACCGGCUUGGGAACCGCCGAUAUCAUGGCAACUCACGGUCUAGCGAAGCCCACAUACUUCCAAGACCCUCGUUUUGGGCCUCUGGCGGUCACAAGCCUCUCUUCUGACGCUUCUGGUGACAAGCAGUCAACGGCCAUGUCUAUUUCUUCUCAAUUGUCUGAAGCGAGCAGCAAGGCGAAAGCAACUGAAAUCAUUACAAAUGCCUUGAUCGGAAAAGUAGCCGACAUCUUGCAAAUGCCACAGUCAGAGGUUGACCCAGGUCAGCCGCUGUACCGUUAUGGAGUGGACUCUCUUGUUGCACUAGAGGUCAGAAACUGGAUCACAAGAGAGAUGAAGGUAAAUGUCGCUUUGCUUGAAAUCCUGGCUGCAGUGCCUAUGGAGAGCUUUGCUGGAAAGCUUGCUAGUACUAGCAAGUUGGUUACGGUAUCUUGA